AAAAAAUCUACAUUCCUACUAGACAAUACUUCACGAACUUAUUACAUAUUCGAUUUCUAACCUUGUUCUUAAUGUAGCUCAAAGUAGAAAAGACUCUUUCAACACUUGCCGUGUAACCAUAAAAUCAAUUCAAAAUUAAGGGUAGCAUGUACGUAGUUUAAUUAUUAGGUAUUCAAAAUAGUUGGGGAUAAAGAAAUAGCGUUUUACUGUUGCAUGAUGUUUAAAAUAGAAUAGCAAAUGAGUAGCAACAUAAUUAGAAUAUGUUUGAUAAUAGUAGUGUCCUAGGUAGGAAUAACACGGACUACCACCUAUAUUUUGUUAAUCAUAAGCAAACUGUUAUCGAGGGUAGGAUAAUCAUUUUUUCAAAUGUUAGGGUGUCCCGGAUUACCAAUUAUAUUUUGUAUACCCACACAAAAUUACUACCGGAGGUUGGAUAAUCGUUUUCCCAAAUUUUAGGGGUGUCCCGGGACACCCCUAAAGGCCCAUGUAAAUGCCCUUGGUGAUCAUCUAUUUCAGAAACCCACUAUUGAGGGUUUUUAAAUUUCCUAAUUGUAAAAUCUCUCAUCUUUCCCAAACGUAGAAUUGUGUUAAAAUCCUGCAAAACGAGAUAUUGUUUUAAAAACUCUCUGAAAUCCCUCAUUAAAAUCUCUAAUCCAAACGAUCCCUAAGUUAUUUCUUGUAGCAAUUCUAGCCAAAAUAACAAGCCAAGUUAAGAACUUGUAUUUUGGCGGUGUAAACUUACCACAUAAACCUUCCACCAGUCAACCAUAUGCCUUUUAACACUUAUUGUAUGCGGUUCAAAUUGGACCAAACUCAUGAGAAUCGCGGUUUAAUAGUUGACAGACAUCUCAAGAUCAACACCGGACCAACAGUACUGCAUUCGGUCUCAUUUGGCCCGGUCCAUUUCAAUAUUUAUAAAAUUCAUGAACCCAAAAACCAAACCUCAUUUUAUUCGAUUAUGUAUGAACUGAUCCAAAUAUCAAUUUGAUCCGAUGAAAUCUAAUACGAAGCAAACCGUCACAUCCUGCACUCCUAUACUCGACUACCUACCACGGUUUGUCCAACUCACAUAAGUUGCUCCACUCAAUUACAUAUUAAUUAAUUAAGCUAUAAAAGUCUAGGUUUGAUGUUACUAUUCAUUAGUGGCACUCACACUCCUCCUUGCAAGUGGGGAAGUUCCAAAAUCCUUCUUUUCCCCCACUCUCCAAGAUCCAUACCAUAUAUGCGUUGUCAAAUCCUCUUCUUUGUUCACCAAUUCACAAUCCUUCUCGAAACCAGAUCUUCUCUAUGUUUAUGAUUUUUGUAUCGAGAUCGAGAUUCAUCCGCUUUGAGGUUUUUCUUUCUCAUUUUCCUUUCGGUUAAGCAUGAUCACAAUUGAACCCAAAUUCAUUGGAAUCCAACCUGAUUCGCCCAGGUCAAAGGGACUUGAAACCGACUUUAGUAUUUUAAAAAUUUUAUUUUUCCUUUUGGUUGGGAAGACAAUUGAACCCGAAUCUAUGAUAAUGACGAGUUUAGUAUCGUGAGCGAGUUUUAUCCACUUUAAUAGGUGGCAGGUUGGGUCAAGUGUCAAUUUAUUAAAAAGUCGGCCAAAGCGAGUUAACCACAGUGUUGACGAGUUCUAGAUCGAGAAUGAGUUUUGUCUGCUUUAAUGUUUUUAUUUUAUUUCAUUUUGGAGGAGAAUGACAAUUGAACCCAAACACAGUGUUCAUGAGUUUUGUAUCAAGAGCGAGUUUUAUCCACAUUUGUAAUUGAUAGGUAGGGUCAAUUGUGAAAUUGUUCAAACUGGGUUCGACCCGAUCACAGCGAGUGGAACCCGGUAUUGAGAAAUUUGGGUCAGGGAGCGAGUUUUAUCUGGUUUAGUGUUUUUUUGGUUUAUCUUUUUCCUUUUGGUAUAGAAUGAUAAUUGAACGCAAACACAUGAGUAUCUACCCUGCUUCUGCUUUCACUUCUCUCCUUCCCUCUCUAUGGAUAUUUUCUUCUCUUCUAAGGUCGUUGCUUUUUUGGUUGGUUUGUUUGUUUGAUAGAUGGAUGGAUCUGCUUCUACUGGAGACUUCGUAUUUAUAUAUACUAGGUGGCGAUGCCGCGCCUUGUCCCGGGGCGGAGAUGGCCUACGGACAUGUAUUAUGUGGAGCGAGUUUUAUCUGGUUAGUGUUUUUUUGUUUAUCUUUUUCCUUUUGGUAUAGAAUGAUAAUUGAACUCAAACACAUGAGUAUCCACCCUGCUUCUGCUUUCACUUCUCUCCUUCCCUCUAUAUGGAUAUUUUCUUCUCUUCUAAGGUCGCUGCUUUUUUGGUUGGUUUGUUUGUUUGGCUAAUAAAUACUAUUUACCUAAACCCAAGUCGACCCAUUGAUUAUGAGAAGUGAAUGGUGACAUAUAUAUGGGUUUGGAAGUAUGUAGAUGGGUUUGAGUAGGGUAUGAAUAUUUACUUCCAUAAUCUAAAUGUGUAUGAGUUGGGUAUGGAAUGGAUACUCAUUUAUUCGAGGGUGUUUUGAUUACAUUAAAAAAUUAGACUUACUUGUAGGACAUCAAAAGUUUUAGGUACCAAAAUGUAAUACACAAAAAAAUUAGAUACUAAAAUGUAAUGUUCCAUCAACACUUUGAGGACUUUUAUGCCAAAAAAAUAAAUUUAUGUUACAAAUUGAGUCUUUUUAUCUAACAAGGUUAAAAUGAUUACAUCGUUAUUAUGUGAAAUCUAACAUCUUUCUAACGUUGUUUAAAAUAAAAUUAUCUAUUAUCUCUCUAAUUUUUGUAUUCUAUAUGAGAUCAUUUUCAAUCGUUAUCCUAGUUAUUCAGUUAAGAUUUUUGUAAGUAUUAUUUUUUAAUACAAACAGGAUUUGCAAAACACAAGAAAAAUACUAUAACAAUCAAUAUACUUAUCUAGCGUACAUAUAAAUGAGAAUAUCAACCAAUGAGCAACAUUAAUAUACUUAUCCAGCGUCCAAACAUCCUUCUAUGUUUGAGCCCAUGCGAUUGUAUUCUUGUUCACCUCCUUUAGGUCUUUUGACUAUCAGUAUUCGUCUGGAGUGGUUUAUAACGCUGAAAAGUACAAAAUAACACCAUAAGGGCAUCAAAUAGUAGAGAAACAGACUCAAGGUCUAUCAUAAGCUCAUUAUUUAAAUAGUUAUUAAUUUCAUAUGAAAUAUAGUCAAAAUCACUAAAGAUGCAUUGAUAGAAGAGUAAAAUAUAACAAAUAUGAGAUUGAUAAACACUAUAAAUGAAGUGCGAUGAAGGAGUGUGGUGUUGGGAUCCGCUUGGGAAAAUAAAAUGAUUAAAUUAGUGUAAGUACUUGGUUAAUAUGGCCGGUAGGAUGAGUAUAUAUGGUGCAAGGACUGCAUAGUUAGGAAACAUAAUUCUCAUUAUCAUGAUGCAAACAAAUCAAUUAAGUAAAAUGAUACGUUUGGAUGCACGGUUCCUUACCAACUUUUCUCCCCAUAGGCCAUAGCCACUGUUCACUAGCCCCAGAAUUAUCUGUGGGCGUACUCACCUAAACGUCCUAAAUCCCCCUUUUCUUUUUUGUUGGAUUUUUUACUACCGUCUUUAUACUCCUCUUCCAUGAUAUAAUUAAAGAGUUUAUCAUAACCAUAAAGUUCACCAUAUCAUCCCGCCAAGCAAACUUUAUGGAGGCCAACAACUUCUCUUCCAAGAUUUCCAACCUUAAUUCCUUUAUUAUUAACGAAAACAUUAAUCAUCUCGUCAAUUUGCGUUACGCAAAUAUUUACGUAGCUAUUACAGUUCAAUAAGAUGAAAUCUCAUAAUGUGAUUUGAUUAUUAGACCACACAUUACAUGGGAUUUAACUAACAACAUACUAUAACAGUAUGUAAAUUACAAAUACAUUACAUAAUUACCCUAGUGGUCUCUCGAGCUCACCGCAUAUUGUGAUGCCGAUUGGGGAGGAUGCCAGACGACUCGCAGGUCGACCACAUGAUACUACAUACAGCUGGGAGGUGCUCCGGUUUCAUAGAGGAUGAAGAAGCAGAAAAUGGUAUCUCGAUCGUCUGCUGAGGCGGAGUACCGGGCGAUGGCCAGCACGGUCAGCGAGGUUGUUUGGUUGCGUUUUCUCCUUACUGAGUUUGGUGUGCCGCAGCCAUGCCCGACACCUCUGCACUGUGAUAAUCAGGCAACUUUACACAUAGCUGCCAAUCCCGUUUUCCAUGAACGCACGAAGCAUGUAGAAAUGGAUUGCUACUUCGUGCGUGAGCGAGUGGUCUCCAAGGAGAUAGCACCGGUGAAGAUUGGUAGUUCUUCCCAGUUGGCGGACAUCUUCACCAAAGCCUUGGGCACGGAACAGUUUCAACGUCUUCUCUGCAAGCUUGGCAUUCGAGACCUACAUGCUGCAGCUUGAGGGGGAGUGUUGAACCGUGUAUCUUCUUGCACUCAUUUUCUUUUUUGAGGACCUUUCUGUUAUUUGCCUCUCUAACCUAAUUGCCCUAGUGACGUUUUAGAAAGGGUAUAUUAGGAGGGCUUUGUAGCCGAGUACUGUAUUCUGCGCAGCUCAUAUUCUCUGCAAACAUAAUAAGAUAAACUGAGAGCUUCGGCUCUCCGUGGAGUAGUCUCGCUCACGGAACGGGGAAACCACGUAAAUCGUAGUGUUGUGCUUCCGCAUUCUAGUAGAUUUUAGAAAAAGUUUUUGGAUACCAUGAUGAAUAUUUUAGUUUAUUUGCUUGAGAAAAUGAUACUUAUUGUAAAUUGACUCUUAUGUUAGGCUAGCAAUUGAAAGGUCACUUUUGAACAAUGAGUUAUGAUAUGGAAUAACAUAUGACUUGAAGG